AUGCCUGAGAGGUGCGGUGCUGUUGGUGAAAGACGAGGACAUUCCAACAAUCAACGUCUGCAGCAUGCUCGGCUUUGUUGGGUGCUCUGCUUAUUUUCCCGCGAUGACCUUUCCCCAAGGUCGACAAGGGCGCCUGAUCGCGGCCUUGAGCUUCCCUGCCGCGAUUUUCGCCUAAUCAGGUCCAGGGAUGCGUCUGGAAGUAUCGGCCUUGUUGACGGGUUAUUACGGCGGUCUGGCUUCAAUGCUGGUAUUGAGAGUCGCAUACCCCUCAUCGAUUGGCUCGUCGAGACAUCGGGAUAUGGCCCAAAGGGCCCACAGCCAAGUUGGACCAGAGCCUAUGGUCCACAUACAUUCGGAAUCAGUUCAGGCAAGGACUGGACCCAAGACAUCUGCUCAACAUUGGACUUGGCUUAUGAGGCAACGGCAGCUGCUAGACACCGGAGCCCCAACCCCAUGUACCAUUAUACCGGCCGAAGGGGGAGAAAAAAGGGCGUAAGGUGCGGCUUCGAGGCUAGUGGCGGUGCUGAAGAAUCUCGCCAGGCUCUUCACAAGUAG